AUGGCGGAACCCAUCAAGAAUCGACGCCCAGAGGUCCCUGCUCCUACUCCGCAGAACACACCUGCAAGCAAUGCCCCCAUCUCUUCCCAUGCCCAACAACCGGGCGUUGCUAGUAUCAAGGAAGAGGAUCUCGACCGCGCUGCGGCGGCUUCCAUCUUUGCCCAGAACCCUAAGCUGGUUCAGAUGAUUCAAGGCCGACUUGGUUCCCUAGUCGGUCGUUCUUCCGGUUACAUAGAGUCUCUGCCUAGCGUCGUUCGUCGCCGUGUUGCCGGCUUGAAGGGCAUUCAAAAAGAUCACUCCAAGCUAGAGGCUGAGUUCCAGGAAGAGGUUCUUCAGCUAGAGAAGAAGUACUUCGCCAAGUUCACACCUCUCUACGAGAAGCGUGCCGCCAUCAUCAACGGCAAGGAGGAACCCACCGAAGAGCAAGUCAAGGCUGGUGAAGACGAGAGUGAGAAGGACGAUGCUGAAGCCGAGGCUGAAAAGGCCGAAGAGAAGGUCACUCCCGAGACUGCCGAGCUCGUCAAGGGUAUCCCCGAAUUCUGGCUAUCCGCCAUGAAGAACCAGAUCUCUCUUGCCGAGAUGAUCACCGACCGCGAUGAGGCUGCUCUUCGCUACCUGACUGAUAUUCGGAUGGAGUAUCUCGACAAGCCGGGAUUCCGCCUCAUCUUCGAGUUCGCCGAGAAUGAAUUCUUCACUAACAAGACCAUCACCAAGACGUAUUUCUACCAGAACGAGAGCGGCUACGGUGGCGAUUUCAUUUACGAUCACGCCGAGGGCGACAAGAUUGACUGGAAGGAAGGCCGUGAUCUUACUGUCCGCAUCGAAAGCAAGAAGCAGCGAAACAAGAACACGAAGCAAACUCGCAUUGUCAAGAAGACGGUCCCUACCGAGUCGUUCUUCAACUUCUUCUCGCCGCCUAAGGCCCCUACCGACGAUGAUGACAACGACGCUGCUUCCGACAUCGAGGAGCGCCUGGAGCUAGAUUACCAGCUUGGUGAAGAUAUCAAGGAGAAGCUGAUUCCCCGAGCUAUUGACUGGUUUACUGGUGAGGCUUUGGCCUUUGAGGAACUCGACGACCUUGACGACCAGGAGUUCGAUGAGGACGACGAUGAAGAUGACCUUAGCGAAGAUCGCGAUGAUGAGGAAGAGGAAUCUGAUGACGAUGAUGACGGUGCGAAGCCGAAGCAGGAGGCGCAAGAAUGCAAGCAAAGCUAA